AUGCGCGAAGGCAGUCCUCAAAAAGCAUGGCUUGGCAGUACACAGGGCCUGAUCUCGCCCCUCUUGUCCUUGGCCUUUCUUGGUAUCGAGAUGCGCGAAGACGGGCCUAGCUUGCCUGCCGAGCCUGGCCUGCAUGUUCCUACAGGCAUGCCCUACUUUGUGCUCUCCCUCACCGCACGGUCGCAGCACCGUCAUGCGUGGACGGAGGCGUGCGACGUCCUGGAUAUGCGCAAGGCACUAGGCUCUUUGGCGCCCCAAGACACGGCUCUCGUGAGCAUGGCACGCUCCCUGAUCGACUGGAACGAGCGUACGCGGCACUGUCCUUCUUGUGGCAGCAAGCAGUACUCGGCCCUCUCCGGCCACAAGCGCGUAUGUGGCACGGCGCUGGCCAAGCACGCAUAUCCAUGCUCCAUGCUGGAGAUCGGCGGUCGCGCACCGCCUCAAGAGUGCGAGGCAUGGAGCUCCCUGCAAAACUAUACUCAUCCGCGCACCGAUCCCGUCGUGCUCGUGGGCGUUGUCUGUGACGACAAGAUCCUGCUAGCACGGAAGCGAGGCUGGCCUAAGGGAUUGUAUUCGUGUAUUGCCGGUUUUGUGGAACAGGGGGAAUCUAUCGAGGAGGCGACACGCCGUGAGGCCAUGGAAGAGACAGGCCUCGACGUCGGCCACGUUUCGUAUCAGUGCUCGCAACCAUGGCCCUUUCCCGCCCAGCUCAUGCUGGGGCUCUUGGCUUUUGUCAAGACACCCGAUGCGCAGGUCCGGCUCGACCUCGACAACGAAUUGGAAGAAGCCUUUUUCGCCACGAAAGAGCAAGUCAAAAGCAUGCUCUGCUCACAAAACGACCAACAAAGCCAUGGCGUCGUACGGCAUGGCCACCCAGUCACCGUACCUGGCCCCGAAGCCCUGGCGCACGAACUCUUGUCGCGGUGGGCUCAGUCUUCUCAUCACGUGGAGGUGCAUAGUCGUUUGUAA